UUCUUUUCCCGUCAGACUAUUGCUCGGGGAAUUCCAAGCAAGGGAAGCCGGUUCCACUGAUACACACAUUAUUGUGGGCGUCUUAGAUCUACCCAAGAUUUGAACGUUGUAUAGAUCUCAUGCAACGGAAUGCAAGAUUUGGUUUUAUGCGGUAUUCCCAAGGGAAUGGUCCCAGGACCCACGGUGGGCCAUCGGGACCCGGCAAGUCGUCACCACUGUCACAUUCGGCUCGUGUUAGUGACAAUUGAGGAUUUUAUGGCAAUGAAAUACAAGAUGCAAAAUACCACGCAAGAAAUUAUGUACUUGGAGCCAAUAAAGAUGGGAGCAAACUUAGUAAGUUGAUUUUUGGAUUACUCGAUCGAAUCUUAGAUUGAAUGUUACAUCAGAGGUAGCUUUCUUCUCUUUAGACAUUUUUCCACCUAGGAUCCCUGAACGUAUCUAUCUACCUUGUAAGUAUCUCCUUUGAAGUCAACCGAGCAUCUAUAUUACGUCCAUUAG